AUACACCUAUGGAAAAGGUGUCCAGGGGAUGGUUCAUGUGAGACUUUGUCAGAAGAUAGCACCGUUCCUGCCCACUGCUUCGAAACCUGAUCUUUGUCAGGAAUUCAACAGCCAGACAAGAUGGGUUGCUUCUUCACAAAUGUGAGUCUGUCCUCCUUCAGCCGAGAUUUUCGGUACUAUCAGGACAGCAUCGUUGCAGAGGCCUCGCUGGUGGAGGAUGGCACAGAGAUACACGUCAAUGCUUCCCACAAGUUCCUCAUCUCCAAGAUGGGUGGGAUAGCCUUGUUUGAUGGUGUGAAUUCUUACUACCACACUGGAGAGAUGUACGAGGGGAAGAUUAAAGUCAUCAACUACCAAGGCAAGGCACUGAAGCACAAAGAAGUCCUCCUGGUGGUAAGCUGUGGCGAGCAGCAAUUUAAGCAGAAGUUCAUCACUGGGGACUCUGGGACAGCUUCAUUUAGCCUCAACACAACUGCUUGCAACAGCACCCCAGCCUCCCUGGAGGCAAGUGUCCUGCAUCAAGAUUUGGAUAAAGAGCCUGGGUCAGUUGAUUUGAGUUACCAACAAGCCUCUCAUUUCAUACGUCCAUUCUACAGCACCAGCAGGAGUUUUCUCUCUAUUGUCCGUGUGCCGGAAACGAUGCCCUGUGGUAAAAAACAGGCUGUGCAGGUGGACUUCAGAAUUUAUGAGGAGGACCUAGAACACGGGCCCAAGCGUGUCAUUUUCUCCUACUUCGUCACAGGGAAAAGAGGGAUAGUCCAUGCAGGUCAGAAGACUGUUUGGGUUGGGCUGCCAGGAAUGCUGAAAGGCUUCUUCUCCAUCCCUCUUACCUUCAGCUUGAUCCAUGCCCCAGCUGUGGGACUUGUUGUUUAUGUUAUCUUCCCUAAUGGAAAAAUCAUUGCGGAUUCUGCCGUCUUCAGUGUCUCCAUGUGUUUCAGAAAUAAGGUGGACCUGAGCUUCUCAAAGCCUGAGACCCUUCCUGAUUCAGAGGUUGGUCUCCAGUUGCUGGCAGCUCCUGGGUCCACGUGUGCUGUCUGGGCUGUGGAUCAGAGUGCCCUUUUCCUGAAGCCAGGAAAAGAGCUCAGCAGCUCCUUGAUCUAUGGGCUGUUCCCAUCUGUUUCUAACACCUGGUAUCCUCGUCAAGUGUCUGAAGAUGAUCAUUCAUGCCGGUUCCCAAAUUCUGAUGAGCCUGAUGUGUUUACAGCAUUCAGGGAAAUGGGGUUGAAAAUUAUGUCCAACACCAAUAUCAGGAAACCCAGAGUGUGUCCAACCACUCCAUCGACAACUAUGCUGCUGGAAACAGAGAUAUUCACCUCCAGGCCCAUGUUGAUGUUUGCCCAGCCCCAUAAAGCAUACAACAGGCCUGAGAACUCUGUGGUGACUGGGUCUUUGUUAUUUCCAGCAGAGCAUCUGACAACAUCGACCUAUCAGCCCACCAUGUUUUCACCUGCUGAAGAGAAAGCACACAAGCAUUUGCCCAAAACCUGGAUAUGGGAUUUGUAUUCUGUGGG